AUGGGUGUUGAAGCCGAAACCCAUCAUGGGGAGUCCAUCACUCCGGCUCCCCAUGCCCAAUACUCCAGCUCCGACUCCGUGGCUGCUCAGAAGUAUCUCGAGGGCACUGUCGAUACCCCAAUCCCCCGCAUCACCCUGCGGUCCGCUAGCAUGGGGCUUUUCGUCUCCAUGGGUGGUCUGCUCUUCGGCUACGAUACCGGCCAGAUCUCCGGUUUCCAGGAGAUGAGCAACUACCUGGAGCGAUAUGGUGAAUACAUCGAUGGGAAAUGGGCCUUUACCCACGUCCGCUCGGGUCUCAUUGUCGGUCUGCUCUCCAUCGGUACCCUCAUCGGGGCCCUCGUCGCCGCUCCCAUUGCCGACAAGCUGGGCCGGAAAUGGUCCAUCUCCCUCUGGAACAUCGUUCUCAUCGUCGGUAUCAUCGUCCAGAUCACCUCUCCCGACCGCCACUGGUGGCAGAUGGUCGUGGGCCGUUGGGUCACUGGUCUGGGCGUCGGUGGCUGCUCGCUCCUUGUCCCCAUGUACCAGGGUGAGAGCGCUCCCCGCCACAUCCGCGGUGCCAUGAUCAGUUGCUACCAGCUCUUCGUCACUCUCGGUAUCUUCCUUGCCUACCUCAUCAACCUGGGUACCGAAUCCCUGGACGGCCCUGCCCAAUGGCGCAUCACCCUCGGCCUGACCUUCCUGUUCUCUCUGGUCCUGGGCGGCGGUAUGGCCUGCUUCCCCGAAUCCCCCCGUUUCGAGUUCCGCCACGGCAAGAUUGACAGCGCCCGCCACACCAUGUCGAAGCUCUACGGUAUCCCCGAGAAUCACCGCGUCAUCGUCCAGGAACUGCAGGAGAUCCAGAAGCAGCUCGACGCCGAAACUCAGAGCCAGGUCUGGCAUGAGUUCCUUACUGCCCCGCGCAUGUUCUAUCGUGUCGUCCUGGGUAUGCUCCUGCAGUGCCUGCAGCAGCUAACCGGUGCCAACUACUUCUUCUACUACGGAACCACCAUUUUCCAGGGUGCCGGUAUCUCCAACAGCUUCAUCACACAGGUCAUCCUCGGCGCCAUCAACUUCGCCACUACUUUUGGCGGUCUGUACGUGGUUGAGAACUUUGGUCGUCGCAAGUCGCUCAUCGUCGGCGCUGGCUUCAUGUUCUGCAUGUUCAUGAUUUUCGCCUCGAUCGGUCACUUCAUGCUCGACGUCGCGCAUCCCGAGAACACCCCGGACGUGGGCAAGGGUAUGAUCGUGCUGGCCUCGUUCUUCGUCAGUGCUUUCGCUAUGACCUGGGGUCCCAUGGUCUGGACCAUCGUCGCCGAGCUGUAUCCCACCAAGUACCGUGCCAAGGGUAUGGCGCUGGCCACCGCGUCCAACUGGCUCUGGAACUUCCUGCUCAGCUUCUUCACCCCCUUCAUCACCGGCGCUAUCGACUUUGCCUACGGUUACGUCUUCGCCGGCUGUCUGCUUGUCGCUGCCUUCGUCGUCUACUUCUGCGUUGUCGAGGGCAAGGGCCGCACCCUGGAGGAGAUUGACUGGAUGUAUGUCAACAACGUUGCUCCCUGGAAGAGCAGCAAGUACGAGAUCCCGGUGAAUGACUGGGAGGAGUCCUCGCGCGCCCGCAAGGAGAGCCAGUCGUACCAUGCGGAGAAUGCGUAA